GCCAGGUCGGCGGUGGUUGGAGGGUUUCCUGGAUCCGUCACUCGGAGGCUCCGCCCCCCAUUUCUUCCGGCUGCCGGCCACGGAGCGGAGCGGAGGGUUUGCGGGCUGCCCGGCAGGCAGUUGCGCUCAAAUUCCAAAUGAAAAUGUUUGAAAGCAUUGACUCUACAGCUACAAAAUCUGGCCCGGAUCUUUGGGCUGAAAUCUGUUCCUGUUUGCCAAAUCCUGACCAAGACGAUGGUGCCAAAAAUGCCUUCUCAGACUCCUUUAUGGAUUCUUAUCCUGCAAGCACAGGCCAGAGAGAGACCCCGGACUUUGCUACUGAGCCAGCUAUAAAGCCUUGGGCUCCCUUGCAGGAUUCAGAAGUGUAUUUAGCAUCUUUAGAGAAUAAACUGAGAAGAAUCAAAGGUUUAAAUCAGGAAGUGACUUCUAAGGACAUGCUUCGAACCCUGGCCCAAGCCAAGAAGGAAUGCUGGGAUCGGUUUCUCCAGGAAAAGUUAGCAUCAGAGUUCUUCGUGGAUGGACUUGAUUCUGAUGAGAGCACCUUGGAACAUUUCAAGAGGUGGCUCCAGCCAGAUAAGGUGGCCAUCAGUACAGAGGAGGUCCAGUAUCUGAUUCCUCCAGAGUCACAGGUGGAGAAGCCAGUGGCUGGGGACGAGCCAGCGGCAGCGGAACAAUAAAUUACAAGUAGACAGACAGACACAGAUAGACAGGUACACACACACACACACACACACGCUUGUGUGGAGCAGCUGUUUUGAGUCCAGAGCGAACAGUGGGGAGCUCAGUGGCAGUAUCAGCAAGGAGAAAACUGGAGGGGCAAAGCCCAACCUUCCACUCCACAAAGCAAACAGCUGUGGGUACCCGAGGACUUGCUUGGGGCUGGAAUGUGUGUCUGUCUUGGAUGAAGUGACUGACCCAGCGCACGCUACAUCAAAAUACCAGUUUCCUGUAUGUCUCAGUCUGUGAGACAUACAGCUUGCUUGAGCUGUGGUGGUGCAAGUGAGAAGUCUACUGAGAAUCUAGUGAAGGACCCAGAUGUAAAUGUAUUUGGAGCAGCUGAUGCCCUUGUGUAUUAUGUUUAAGUUAAGUGAGCCAUAUUUAUCCUUGCCUCUUCUGGAUUUUCCUACCUGUGUCCCAAGCAUUCCCUGGGUAACUUGUCAGGGGUGAGUGGGGCCAAGGAAAGUGAAGUCUUCCUCCUUAAAUCCAAGCCCCAUUUGGGGCUUCUGUAAGUCCAUAAUAAAUGUGAGGACUUUAGCAAAAGAGCCUGUGCUUUUCCUUUGAUUUGUUCCUUGUGGGGCAAAUGGACAAAAGAAAUGUGAAAAGGUGGGUGUUUUUCUGUGUGUGUGUGUGUGUGUGUGUAUGUGUGCGUGUGUGUGUGUGCGUGUGCGUGUGCGUGUGUGCGUGUGUGUGUUUAAAUUUCACUAGUGGUUUCUCCCCUAACUUCCUCCUGCACUUAUAAAGGGCUAAGUUCCAAAUUAGACUUGCAAAUAUGGUUUUGGUAUUUGAUACCACUGCUUGAAUGGUUCCCUGCUUGCUACUUGUAGCAGCUUUUUUGGAUGAGCCUGUGCUUCCCUCCUUAUUUAUGGUGCUGUUGUUCAGAUGGUGGUGUCCAUAUAAAACUUUUCUCAUCAGAA